AUGACAACCCCUCUAGCUACUUCCGGCCUCGACCUCUUUCGUCUGAACAACGUACUCCGACUUCUAGUCCAAGAUCCUCUCGGCUUUCUCAAAUAUGGCGAUGCAGUACACGAAAUCCUUAUUGAUAGGGAUGGCAGAACAGGGGGCAUCUUCUUUGGUCGCUCGUUCAUAGAUCCGACUCAUAAGCAGUAUUUCCGCGUUUCCGAAAACGGUGACGCAAUAACUCUUAUUCCUCCCUCCAAAUUGGACCACAUACUGAAACUGCCAGAAAACAUCAGAAGCGAGAUAAUCAAGCACGUCACACAACGCGGAAAGACCAUAACCUUCGACUUGGAGAAGGGGACAUUAGAAACGGCGACUACUCCAGAGAAUCUCCGUAUCAACAUCACCGACUUCCUUCGUAUCACUUCUACUAUAGGAAACAAGAAAGGAAAUCUUACUACAUCUGCGACACGCGGCCAGGACGUCGCCCCAUCGAAUACCUCCACAUCCUUCGAGGAACUACGCUGGCCCUGCCCCAACAUCUGGCUCAAUGGUCUCGGCAAAGUGGUUGAAAUCGAGAGCGCAGACACGACGAUGAAUCCUCACGCGUACAUACAAAAGUACACACCCUGGAGCACAUAUCGCCGUACCAUCUUCCGAGAAUACGGCGUUCCACUCAAAGGGCAUACUUACUGGCACGAUAUGGAUGGCUAUACCCCGCCUGCCGAGGCUUUCGACGGCUCUGCACGCUUUUAUAUCGGCUGGCUCCAGCGGUGUGGGUUUGGUGUGAGUCCGACGUACUGGUCUGAUGCCUAUUUCCAGAUUCCGGGUGCGUAG